AAAAUCAAUACCUAUAUUUCAAGGAAAAUUUAUCUGUAACCCUAAAUGAAUGCAAAAGCACAAUAUGUAAUAUACCAAAACAGGAAUAUUUCAAGUUGAAAAUUUAACCCGGGAAGGGAACUAUAUAAUUAAGUACUAUUUACUGUAGUAAUUAUUUAAUUAACAAAAUACAAUUUUAUAACUCCAUUCUAAACCAUAAGUUUAUUCAUAAAAUUUGUAUCUACAAGUCUAAAAUCUGAGUACUGUAAUAUAUUAUACAGAGUAUCAAUUUUUACCGAUAUGAUAUGUAUACAAUAUACAUAAUAUAAAAUAUCUAGUAAGUAGUAUAUUAUAAUAGUAUUAAUAGUACAAUAUAAUAGUAUAUAGACAUAUAGUUACCUAUCUUAAUCCCUAAUAAGUAAUAAUAUCAAAAGAUAUACAAAUUACUGAAUUGAUUAUAUUACUAAAAUUAUUAAAUAUUGCAAUAUAUUUUAAGGCUGAAGACAGAAAUACCAUACAGUUCGAUUUCAUUCGACUGUUUUUAUCAUGCUCGAAUCAAUGGGUUAAACUUCGUGAUGGUGAUUCGACAGCUUCUAAUCUAUUAGCACAUUUGGAAGGCGUUCCAGAUUCUAUAAACCCUAUUAUAUCAACUGGACCAUUUAUUUUAAUUGAGUUCUAUUCAAGUAUAGUUUUUUCAUCAAGUGAGGAUUGCUUUGGAGGAUUUUUCGCUCAAAUAAAUCGAAUUGGUUUGUUCAAAUUCUAUAUUCAUCCUAAACUACAUAGAUCUGUGACGUAUAAUUAUAUUGAUUUAUUUAUUUUUAUAGGAACAAACAACAAUUGGUCAUUACCAAAUUCAAGUCAUGUUGAUUUCAAAUAUAACAUUAUUUAUUUUAUGUCUGAGGUCGAUUCGUUUUUAACGACAAUUUCUGCGAUUUUGUUAUUUUUGCUAGUUACUUGUAUGUGUUUUACUGUACAGUUUGCUGAACGCAAACACAAAUAUCAUAAAGCUAUUACUACAUUAGACAGCCAUUCUAACAGUAAGCUCUAUAUAUUAAAAUCUAUAUUUUUAUUUUAUUAUAUUCUAUACGUUUAUUUCAAAUAUUUAAAUAUAUGUUAUUAGUGGGAUCGGAUUGUAGUAUGUUAAACUACAAUGAUCAUAUGGUAUCAUCAACAACUUUACAGUCACAUAUACCGCCAAUACUAGACAUUUUAGACAUUGAUGAAAAUCAAGAUGACGCCGAUAAAGAACACAUAUCUUUGAAUGGGUGAAUUAAAUCAGAUUUAUUUUUUAUAUUCUAAUAUAAAUACCUAAUAAAUAUUAUUAUUAAGUACAAAAUGGUCAGUCGUGGCGGCUCUAGGGUUUGAGUUUUUUUUUUUUUGGGGGGGGGCACAUAAACAACUCAAUCAUUUACUGUUUUUUUUAAAUAUGUAUACUAUUAUGAUUAUAGGUAUUAUAUAUUUAUAUUAUGUUACAAUGCUACAUUUAUUAGGAAUCUAAAACCAAAUUUUAUUAAUUUAGCAUAUAUUGUUAAUAUAAUAUAAAUAAUAACAAUAAUUCAUACAUAAUAUUAUAUUAUAUUAUAUACAUAUCCUGGAUUGUAAUUUGUAGUUAUAAAAAAGCGAAAACAUAAUUAUUUCAUAAUAAUUUCAAUAGAGCGCUCUGGCAGUUAGUUAAACAACUAUAGUAGUGUGAUAGGGACAAACACAUAGUUCGUCAGGUAACCAUAUUAUCUUAAAUCAUGGUAAAUAGGUAUACAACAAUGAACAAUGCAAUCCCACAUAAGUGAUUCUGCGAAUACCUUCCCUCGGUCUCCCAUAAGCCACUAUGAAUCAAGAGAAAUAGAAUUUGAUAAAAAGCUUAGUGUUAGAGAAAGCUUAUUUACACUCCGAGGACAGCCAAUUAAAACACUCUGUUUAUUAUCUCACGUGAUUCUGUACUCAAAAUAAAACUUUAAAUCGAAACGCGUUUUCAUGCUGAAUGUUCCGCUUAGAGGUCAAAUUCAAUUAAAACUACGUACGUAAUACACAAAAAAUAUUAGUAACAAGAUUAUUCUAUAGUCUAAUAAAAUAAUUGAUAUCGUCUAAUUGUUAGACGAUAUCGAGAAAAUUUAUAAAAUAUUAUAUACUUUAAGAAUAAAAGCUUAUAUCAAACCCAAUUUUAUAGUACAUAGAAUACCUACUUAUUCUUUAUUUUUUUUUCAAAUUUGGAAGACCAAGAUCCCCUUGACCCCCCCCCCCCUAAAACCGCCACCGCUUAAUGGCUAUUAUUAUUUAUUAUUGAUCAUGAUCGAAAUUUACGUAUAUUUUGUUUAGGAGUGAAAUUGAUAUGGUACCCGAAAAUAUAGUCAACUCUUCGUCAAAAAUAGAUCAGUGUGCAUCUUUUGUAUCUCAGACAUCAUUAUCAUCUAGACAAAUUGUUCGUAUUUUGUAUUUUGUUUGUGAAUAUUUUAAAAUUAUAAUUUUGUUUGUAUUUAGAUUACCCAGUCAACGUCCACUUUGAAUGAUAAACCAAGAAAUCUAAAACAAAACCCAUUGACGAGUAGCACGGACUCAAGCAUUCACGGUCAUGAUGUGUCUGAUUUAGAAAUGGAUUACUAUGACUAUAAUGUUCAAAAUACAAAUAGUAUGCCUGGAUCAUACAUAGGAAUGGAUCCCGCUUAUUGUUUAUGGAUACCUCCUAUAUCGGAUAUAAGUCCUGGGGGUCACGAAAGUAUGGAAAUGUCCAUUUUUGAUAUUAAAAACGACAAAUGCAGACAAAAUUGCGAAAUUAGUAGUAAAUACAGUAAUAGAUUGUCUGCCGACAGUGAAUCAACAUUAGUUAGUGAUGAUUGUAUUUCUCUAAAAACACUGAAGUCAUCUCCAAGAACAUAUUUUAAUAAAGAAAAACAAAAGGCUGAAUACAUAAAUAAUGAUUCUAUUAUUAAAUUCGUUGAUGAAGAUGAUGCUGUUGAUUUAAAAGAAGUUACUGUUUACGUAGAUAAUAAAGCAACUUAUACGAACUUUUCUCAUAUAAAUUAA